CGCUUGUCCUGCGACCGUUCCAGGGAUCAACCAACAUCCCAGCUCAGAAAGACCUUGGCCGAAGCAGGCGCGCAAGAGUUGCGCCCUUCUUUCGUAGCUCACUAGGUUGGGCAAGAUGGCGGACAGCUUCAGGCCAUACCCUGCAAAGGGCGAGGAGGCGAAGGGAAGCUUCAACCCGAUCAGUUUUCUCUACGAGUCCAUCACCAAGGGUCCCUUCCACUUUGCCGGCCUCGUGCCGCACUUUGUCAUGAUCUUCUACGCAGCAUACAGGUUGGGCGUAGCGUACGGAUUCGUUCCCACAAACAGCGCAGCCGUAGCGCUCGGCCUGAUUCCGCUAUUGCAAGGACUUUCAGCUGGAGCUUUCGUCGGGUGUCUGGUGCUCCGAUACGGUCCCCUCGGCCAAUUUCUGCAGACCAAGGACAACGAGGGAACAGCAACGGAUUCGGAAUUGCGGCGCAUCAGAGGUGCGGACAUUGGCAUCGCUGCAGCUGGCUACGUGGUCCUUGCGACCACUAUUUGGCAACAUCUUCCCGACGCAGACACUCCUGGGGUCGCAGCGCUGAAGAAGACUGCAGAGAGGCUUGGACUCUCCGGCUCGAGCUGAGCUUUUGCGCGACCAGCGACGAGAUAGACUUCCGGCAGUCAAGCUCACAAGUGCGUGCUUGCGUGAUGCGAGCAGUAAGACUUCCUUUCUGGACCCGCGGCCGCUCAAGAAAUCGGCGCGCCCGAUCCAUUCCCUCUGGGUCGUCUUGUUCCUCUCUGAC